AUGGAUUGGAAGCCUAUAGUGACGAUGUUGGCGGUGGUGACCGUGUUCGCGGUGAUGAACACGCUGACAAAGAUGGCUUUUAACGAAGGGAUGCACACCACCGUCCUCAUCGUCCUCCGCCAGCUCACCGCCACGCUCUUCCUCGCCCCGAUCGCCUACUUCAAAGAGAGGAAGACUAGGCCUAAGAUGACCACAGAGAUCUUCGUCUACCUCUUCUUGAGUGCCUUGCUCGGAGCGUCACUGACCCAGUGGCUCUUCUUCUUCGGCCUGCGGUACACGACGGCCACGUUCGCGAGCGCCUUCAUCAAUAUGACCCCCAUGUUCACCUUCCUGCUGGCGCUGCCCUUCAAGAUCGAGAAGCUCGACGUGACCACCGGCUCCGGCGCCGCCAAGCUCACCGGCACGGCCGUGGGGCUGGCCGGAGCGAUUUUGAUGGCGCUCUACCAAGGCCCGGCCCUGACGGGGACGCGGACCACAGACCACCACGCCGCCGCAGCUGCUUCCCACGGCGGCGCGUGGAGGUGGGCGAUCGGGUCGGCGGCGCUGCUGGGCGGCUCGGCGAGCUGGUCGCUGUGGUUCAUAUUACAGUCCAAGAUUGGCACCAAGUACCCCGCUCUGUACUCCAGCACGGCGUGGAUGUUCCUGCUGAGCACCGCGCAGAUGGCCGCCGUCGGUGCCGCGACGGAGGCGAUGACCCUCCAGGUCUGGCUCCCCGGCACGGCGCUGAAGGCCGUCACAGUGCUGUUCGUGGGCGUGGUGGGGUCCGGGCUGGGGUUCCUGGCCAUGUCGUGGUGCGUGGAGCGGCGGGGGCCCGUGUUCACCACGGCGUUCAUGCCGCUCAUCCAGAUGAUCGCCGCCGGGAUCAACGUCACGGUGCUCCGCGAGCAGCUCCACCUCGGGAGCGUGGUCGGGUCGGCGCUGGUCGUCGUGGGGCUCUACUUGGUCCUCUGGGGGAAGAGCAACGAGGCCAGCAGCAAACCCAAGCUGCCUCCUCCGUCACAUUCCAAGCUCGCGUUGGAUGAAGAAACAGAGCAUGGUGAUUCACGGAUCAUGCAGAGCGUGUGA